UUUAAGAAUUUUCAGGGUUUGGUAAUAGCGCACUUGAGUUUUCGACACAGACUAGUUCAAGAUAAAGUGACAUAGUUUCGCUUUUGACGCAGAAGGCUCUGUUUUAGUUAUUUUGUGCCUUUUUUUAAUUAGUGUUUUUAUUUUCGGGGUGUCAAAAUGGCCGGUAAAGGUGAUGGUGAAGGUGAAGGAAGCAUAAUGAAACUCGAAAAUCAAAUCGCGGUUAUCAAAUACUUAAUUCUGUUCACAAACGUUAUUGCGUGGAUAAUUGGUGCCGCAGUAUUUUCACUAUGUCUCUGGUUAAGGUUUGAGACAGGUUAUCAAGAAAUAUUGACAAUUUUGAGCGCAAAUCAGUUUUACAUUGGAAUCUACGUACUUUUAGUAUCAUCCCUGGUUAUUAUGGUCGUUGCUUUCUUAGGAUGCAUCAGCGCCCUGCAAGAAAAUUCUGUAGUUCUCCUCGCAUUUAUCGGGACUCAACUAUUUUGCUUUGUCAUCUUGCUAGCCGGAUCUGCCGUUCUCUUAGACAACAGCGCCAGAGAUUCCAAAUUCCAGCCUGUAGUUCGUGAAAGUAUGCGACAACUUAUUAUGAAUGCACAGUACGACGACUACAAGUAUAAUUUACAACUGAUUCAGGAAGGU